AUGAAUGCGACCGCCAAGUCUUUUUCGGGAUCAAUUGCGAACGGGAGCAUCGUGCCCAGUGGGGGCGACAAUGCUGAUAUCGAAGUAGCACAGCUUCAAGCCAAGACCGCCCACGCCCAGGCAGUCGUCGAAUCAGCCAAGGCAAGGCUGCAUACAGCGACUGAAGUACUGGCUGCCACACGGGAUACCUACCAAAGCUCCACUGGAGUACUUGUUGAGCAGCAAGAAAGAUAUAAUCAGGUCAACGUCAAGCUGGAGCGUCUCAAGAACUCGAACCUGGGAAUGAACGAGAUCAAGGGGAUUCUGGUCCAGGCGAUUGCCACGAUGUUGGAGAUCAAGACUGAGCUAGCGAACCUCGUGCGAUUCUACAACGCCAUCUCGGUAGCCGUCAGGUUUGUCACGGAGAAAUAUGUCAACCCAUAUGUUGAUGCCAUCAAGGCCGGCAACGAUGGAGACAGGGUUGGUCCAUACUAUAUGCUAGACUUUCAGCGAAGCUGCAUCUUCAACAGCACUACCAUCAUCCAAUCCUACUUCUCAGCCUUUGCCGAUUACGCUUCAAUGUGGACUCGCAUGUCGCAAAUGAGUGUAUCGCCUAUGCUACAUAUGGUGGAUGAGCUCUCUUCUCUCGGUAGCAUGGGUAUGGACUCGAGGAUGAUCAGCAGUAGAGCAAAUCAGACACAAGAAUUUUCUAGGAGGGCACUCGAUGAAAUUUUGAGGAAAGCAAAAGAUGGACAAUCGAAGACCGUGAGGAAUAUGGAGGCCAGGGUGUCUGAGACUAGCGAGAAGAAGCAGACACUGCCUUCUGUCUCCCCUGAGAUUGCCGCGGCCAUUUCUUCCGCCGUGGAGAACUCUAAGAGGGCUGCCCAGCAGGAUCUACGAACUGAAGCAGACGAGAGUCUUUUGGCAAAGUCCCUUGUCGGAGGAAACUGA